AGUUUUUGUUCGUGAUACUCGUAUACAAUCAAACACACAGGCACACACUCGAAUACACACCCACACACCUAUACAGCUUUACAAUUAUAGAAUGUUUGAAGAUGCGCAUGCGCGGCCGUCGACUGCUACCAAUUGCCAUAUCGCUAAUUGUAAUCAUCAUCUUAUGCAUCAGCUACAUAGCAAGUCCGCUGCGCAGCAAGAACCAAAGAGAUGAGUUUCUUGUUCAGCUGCCACCCAACAGCAUGGAUGACAAUGACAGUGACCAAACGACACUGUUGGAACAUCUGCCAGAAGUUGGACCUGGUCCAUUGCUGAAUCUGUCCAACUUCGACUAUCUGCUGGCCAGCAAUGUGUGCCGACGCGCCGAACGUGAGCUGCUGGCUGUACUCAUUGUCACCUCGUAUGCGGGCCACGAUGCAGUUCGAGCUGCCCACCGACAGGCAAUCGCACAAAGCAAGCUGGCUGAGAUGGGCUUGCAGCGUGUGUUUCUACUGGCCGCUCUGCCGGCGCGCGAGCACUUCGUGACGCAGGCUCAGCUGAUGGACGAGCAGGCGCGCUUUGGGGAUUUGCUGCAGGGCAACUUUGUCGAGGCCUAUCGGAAUCUCAGCUACAAACAUGUGAUGGGUCUGCGCUGGGCAGGAAGCGAAUGCCAGCAUCGUACCAAGUUCAUCAUCAAGAUGGAUGAUGACAUCAUCUAUGAUAUAUUCCAUUUGCGACGCUAUCUCGAAAGUCUGGAGCUCAGCCAGCCAGCGCUAGCCACCAGCAGCGCCCUCCUGGCAGGCUAUGUCCUGGACGCCAGGCCGCCAAUACGGGUGCAGGCGAACAAAUGGUAUGUGACCCGGCAGGAGUAUCCCCACGCUCUCUAUCCGGCCUACCUGUCCGGCUGGCUGUACAUCACGAAUGUGGCCACUGCAGCCAGGCUGGUGGCGGAGGCGAUGCGUGUGCCAUUCUUCUGGAUCGACGAUACCUGGCUGACGGGCAUUGUGCGCGCACGUCUGGGCAUUCCUCUAAUGCGUCACAACAAUUGGUAUUCCGCGAAUGCCGAGUUCCUCGAUUGCUGUGUGCGCGACCUUAAGCUCCAUAGCUACGAGUGCGAAUACUUUGCUGGCCCCAAUGGGGCCGAUGCCAAGCUUCUUGUCGAAUUCUUGCACAACGUGGAGAAGUGUUACUUUGACGAGUGCAUCAAAAGGCCGCCGGGCAAAUCUCUCAAGCAGACCUGCCUGGCCACCGUCAAAUCGCCAGCGCCCGAGCAUGGAGUCGCCCACGUCCAGCCCCUCAGGCUAAGAUGACCCACCAGCCGUGUGUCCCAUCAGCCGGAGGGGUAACUCCCCGCUGUAUGACUCAUCAGCCGGAGGACUGACUGGUUAUCAGCCACUUUUUAUUCUAAGCUUAGGCAUUUCUAGAUUUAGUUCAUUCCAUGUGCAAGCUAUCGUAUAUAUGAAUAGAUUUAAGAUUAAUGUGUACUCCAAUCAGCGUACAGACUAACUUAUUAUUAUUAUUUAACUAAA